AUGAUAUCAGCAACAAUUUGCGCAACAAAAGGGAAACCUUUGCAUCCAAUUGUAUUAGUACCCGGUUAUGGCGGGUCGCAGUUGAAGGGAAAGCUUACUGGAAAACCUGAAACUGUGCACUACUGGUGUGCUCGACAAACGGAUGAUUUCUUCGAUCUGUGGCUAAAUUUAGAGUUAUUCUUGCCAACGGUAAUCGAUUGUUGGGUGGAUAAUAUGAAGUUGGUAUACAAUAGAACAACAAACAAAACAUCAAGUAUGCCGGGUGUACUGGUCGAGGUGCCCGGAUUCCGGAAUACAAGUACCAUAGAAUGGUUGGACACAUCAAAAGCGUCGGAAGGACGCUAUUUCACUGAUAUCGUUGAAGCAUUGUUACCAUUCGGUUAUCAUCGAGGUAAAAAUAUUGUAGGUGCACCAUAUGAUUGGAGACAAGCUCCAAAUGAACUCGGACACUAUUAUUCAAAUUUGACAAAAUUGAUUGAAGACAUCUAUCGUUCUUGUGGUCACAGGAAAGUGAUCAUUAUUGCGCAUAGCAUGGGUAAUCCACUGUUGCUUUACUUUUACAACAGCAUCGUCACACAGGAAUGGAAGGACAAAUUUAUUCAUUCGCAUAUUUCGAUAGCUGGCGCUUGGGGCGGUGCUCUUCAAAUUAUUCGUCUUCUUGCUUCAGGCUAUAAUAUGAACCACUACAGAAUUUUACUACCUCCAAGCUCACUGCGUGAAAUGCAACGAUCAUUCACUAGUUCGACAUUCCUUUUUCCGAGCUACAAUGUAUGGAGUGAAAACGAAGUGCUGGCAACAGUUAACGAUAAAAACUACACUCUGAAAAAUGUGGAAGAAUUCUUUAAAGAUAUUGGCUAUAAAGUUGGCUGGUAUCAGUAUCAGAAUACAGCUCAUCUACUUGGCGAUUUCCAGGCACCAAAUAUUGAGGUGCAUUGUAUUUACGGGUAUGGCAUUGAAACACCAGAAUCUUUCGAGUGGUCCGGCAGGUGGUUUCCGGAUUACCAACCGGAUACCACUUAUGGUGAUGGUGAUGGUACCGUUAACCGACGUUCUCUAGAAGCAUGCAAGAAAUGGAUUGGUAAAAACGGUGGCAAAAAGAUAUCUCUGUAUGCGUUCAAAGGUGGCGAGCAUGUGGACAUUUUGGCACAGGAGGAAGUAAUCGAAUUAAUUAAAAAGAUUGUCUUUAUGCAUAGCUAA